AUGACAAACCCAGAGCUCAUCAUGAUCCCAAUCCCAGCAAUCGGCCACCUCCCGCCGAUCUUCGAGUUCUCCAAGCGCCUCGUCUCUCGAAACGAUCGACUCUCCGUCACCAUCGUCCUCAUAAGAACACCUUUCACCCCUGAAGUCGACUCCUUCUCCGACUCCUUGGCCGCUUCAUGCGACCCGAACCGAAUCAAAUUCAUCAGAAUCUCAGGCCAGAGUCUCCCUUCCCCUGAAUCCAUCCUCUCCAUCCACACUUUCUUCCCUCAAUUCCUCGAUUCCCACAAGGACGCCGUCAGAGAAGCUCUGCUGGCGGAUCGCGCGAACAGAGGCUCCCCUGUUUCCACGGUGGUGGGCGUGGUGGCGGAUAUUCUGACGACCGCCGUGGUCGAAGAGGUCGGGAAAGAGCUCGGAGUGCCCACCUACCUUUUCUAUCCUUCCUCUGCAGCGUUUCUGGGCCAGUUGCUCAGAUUCCCGGCGGAAUUCCGGCCGGAGGUGGCCGCCGGAGAUCCCGACGGCGAGAUUAUGUUCCCGAGCUAUGUCAACCCUGUCCCCAACAAGCUACUCCCGUCGAUAAUGCUCGACGGGGAAGGUUACGCGUCGGUGAAUGAUCAUAUAAGGAGGUUCAGAGGAAUGAAGGGCAUUGUGUUGAAUUCGUACUUGGAGCUGGAAGCUCGCGCCGCUAUGUCCUUGGAGGGAAAGGACAUGGCGGGGAAUUCGUUACCUCCGGUUUUCUGCGUCGGCCCUGUGAUUGACGCGAAAGGGCAGGGCAAAUUGGGGGAAAUUACCAACUCCUCGGUUGAAAAGAUCAUGACUUGGCUCGACGAUCAACCUCGAAACUCGGUGGUUCUGCUCUGUUUCGGGAGCGUGGGGAGCUUCAGCGACGCUCAGCUGAAGGAAAUUGCGGCAGGGCUCGAGCUAGCUGAAGGCCAGCGGUUUUUGUGGGUGAUCCGCGAGGCGCCAUCGAAGGAAGCUCUGGGGAUGCCCAAGGAUUACCUCGACUACUCCGAGUCCGGCGGUCUGGCGGGCAACUUAGGAGAAGGGUUUCUGGAGCGGACGAAGGGGAGAGGAAUUGUGUGCGGGUGGGUCCCACAGGCUGCGGUGCUGGCCCACGAGGCGGUCGGAGGGUUCGUGUCGCACUGCGGGUGGAACUCGGUGCUGGAGAGCCUCUGGCACGCGGUGCCCGUGCUGGCGUGGCCGAUGUACGCAGAGCAGCAGAUGAACGCGUUUUAUCUUGUGACGGAGCUGGGGCUGGCGGUGGAGAUGAGGGUGGACUACCGGAUGGAAGAAGACACGGUGGUGAAAGGCGAUGAGAUCGCUGAGAAGAUCGAGCGAGUGAUGGUGGAUGGGAGGAGCAGCGAGACGAGAAGGAAAGUUAAGGAGAUGAGUGAAGCGGCAAGAAGAGCCGUGGUUGAGGGCGGUUCUUCCUUCGAUGCUUUUGGUGGGUUUGUUGAUUUGGUUCUGAAGAACAAGGCUAUAGAUUGA